CAUGCGUAAGAGCAGAGAAGCCAAAAUGUCUUUCCGCACUCCGUUCCGACCCUUACAGUCGUCACUGCGUUUAUACCCUGCUUCAAGUGCUUGGAGAAGCUCUAUCCGAUAUGCUUCACUCAACUCCGCGAUCGGUCGCGGGAUUCGCAAGUCCCAGGCAUUCACAGGUUCCCGAAGCUCAUUUGAAGACAACAAUGACCAUUAUCGAGGGGACAGCAAGCCAUUCAGAGCACAUGGACGAGGAAAGAGAGAUGGACAUCGCCCCUGGUCACCGGAGCCUGAUUUCGACGAGGAUGAGUUCAUUCGGACUGGAAGCUUUCGCGCAUUGCCUCGUGAGCACCAACGAUUCCAAAAUGCGCCAAGAACAUUGAAAGACCGCCCCCCCACUGCUGCAGACCGAGAUCGCAGGCCAUUCAGAAAAAAUGUUGCUCCUGAGCCCCAGUCCAAACGCCGGCCCGAACGAGAUGGGAAGAGCAAAGUACGAGAAGGUUCUGAUAGAAUGCCCGAGCGGGUGAAGGAAAACGUGAGGGUUCCGGACACGAUCCCGUACACCACUCCAGCAUCAGAAUUUAUUUAUGGGACAGCAGCUGUUGAGGCCGCCUUGCGUUGUACUCGACGCCAGAUCUAUAAAUUGUAUAUCUACCAAGCUGCGGGGGAGGAGCUGAGUACUGCCAAGGCGGCGCUACGUAAGCUUGCUCUCUCCAAGAAUAUCAAAGUGAAGUUAGCUUUUGCUGGUUGGGACCGACUACUUGACAAGAUGAGCGCAGGACGGCCUCACAAUGGGUGCGUCCUUGAAGCAUCUCCCCUACCUCGGGUCCCGGUCCAGGCGCUCAAAUCCGUGCAAUUGGAAGACAAACAUUUCCGACUGGAACUCGCACCACAGACCCGAGAAGAGGCCGUGGUUAAUGGCACGAAUGAUCUUGUUGCUAUCAACGAACCAUUGAUACAACAGCGAAGAAGAUACCCUGUUGUCCUUCUGCUGGAUGGAAUCCUCGACCCUGGCAACCUUGGGGCUAUCAUUCGUUCCGCAUAUUACCUAGGGGUUGAUGCCGUCGUCUUCGCUGGUCGAAAUUCGGCCCCCCUUUCCCCUGUUACGAUCAAGGCGUCUGCAGGAGCUGCAGAGAACAUGAUUCUUCUAGAGGUCAAAAAUGAAGUGGACUUCAUCCGGCGGUCCAAGGCCAAUGGAUGGCGAUUUUACGCUGCAGAUGCACCCAAUCCAGGGUCUACGUAUAUUGACCUUGGCGCCACGUCUGGACGCGAGGGUGAUCCCAACCCUAACAGUUUUGUUAGUCAGUCGCCCAGCGUUAUCAUGAUGGGCAGCGAAGGUUCUGGACUGAGUCAGCAUGUCAGAUCGCAGGCCGACUCUAUCGUCAGCAUUCCUGGUGCUAGGCUGGGUACGGGAUUAGGCGCUGCCUCCGAUCCAGCCAGAGUCGAUAGUCUCAACGUCAGCGUUGCUGCAGCGCUUCUUAUGGAGAUGUUUCUCCGCCUCCCGCUCGGAGUGAGCGAUGUGCUGCGCAAGGGAAAAUCCCAAUAAGGGAAGAGACUGCUUCCUAAUAUGGCUGGCAAUUGGACACUGCCGUCUUGCCUGUACGCUACAUGUAUGUACAUUAGAUUAGAUGAGUGAAUUUCUGUAUACAUAUUG